AUGAGCCGCCUGCCUCCAUCGUUAUCGCGGACAACAGUACAAUCCGUUUCGCCUACAGAACUCCUAGAUGUGGUCUCAGGUGCAGCUUCUCAAGAUCCAAGCCGGGUCACCUCCUCUUCGACGCGUCUGAAGGAACUCUUGGAGGUGUUUGGCGCGUUCGACCUCCUGCAUGAAAUUGCUGCUCAGAAGGAUCUUCCAUUGGCUGUGCGGCAGCAAGCGAUCAUCCAAUUCAAGAAUCGUGCCCUGAACCACUGGCGAUCAAGAAAACUACUGUCCGACGAACAGAGAGUGCGUGUCAGAGCGCGCUGUUUGACUUUCUUGGAUGAAAGGGACGAUGUGAUCGCCCAAUGCAAUGAAGUUAUUGUCGCUAAGAUAGCACGGAUUGACUAUGCAAACAACUGGGCAAACCUGGUUUCGGAUCUCAUGGCAAACGUCGAUUCCAACCUACAAAAGCGAUACUCAUCCUCUACCGAAGACCCGUACACUACACUUGUUCUGCGGAGAAGCCUAGACUUGUUAAACGCCAUCAUCAAAGAGUUGUCCAUUGCGAAAAUGCUGAAUGGAAUCAAGGUCAUGUCUAAAAUUGUCGACGACCUUAGAAGCGUCUUCCAAGGCUACUAUAGUCAAAUUUGCUCUAAUUUCUCCAACGUGUCCAUGACGGCACAGGAGCUGAGCUCGGACAAGAUAUAUACUGAUCUUGUCCUUGGGCACCUCUGUUUCAAGUCUCUGGUGAAGAUGUCUAUUUGGGCGUGGCAGCGCAUUGACUCGUCUGGCAAGAAUGUUGAUUGGCUAGCGGAGCUUUUCUCUAGUGCUGCCCUUCAGUUAAGGACGCUCUUUGAGAUUCGCAAGAAUGUAUUACAAUCUGUACCUCCAUCCUCCAUCACCUCCGACGCCAACCUCAACAAGUCUGUGGAUAUUCUGACUCGACAUAUUCGUUUAUUCGGAAAAUUCUUCCGCCGUCUACAGCAGCUCUCAGCUUCCCGCUUCGUCGAUCAACCAAUGUCCACAGAUCUAAUACUAUAUUAUUGGUCACAGACUAUAGAAAGUUCUAAUCGUUCGCCGGACGCGAUUGCAGAUUCCAACACGGCGUUGUUCCCUGUGCGCUUCCUCGUCCAAUCCAUGGUUUUAUUUAAGGAGUAUCUUAUUCAAUGGCGCAGAAAUAGCCAAGCGAACAAAGGCUCUCUGUCACAAGAUUUCAUCGAAAACGCUGUUCGAAUCCUCGUCACCCGUUUCAUACCCCUGCACCCUUCGGAUCUCGAACGGUGGGUCGAAGAUCCAGAAGAAUGGGUGAGCGAAGAAAGCAAAGACAACGAUCAGUGGGAAUACGAAAUACGUGCAUGCAGUGAGCGGCUCUUGAUGACGUUGUCUUCCCAAUACCCGGCCAUCGUUAUACCUCUUCUCAAGACUACAUUUGAUCAGAUGGCUGCGCAACCGCCAACGGACCUUCAAGGUAUCAUCCAAAAAGAGGCACUAUAUUGCGCUUUUGGUCGUUGUGCUAGCCGAUUGAAGGAUUCCAUCCCAUUUGACGACUGGCUACAAAACACCCUCCUCGCCGAAGCUUCCGAGACCAAUCCUAUUUAUCCGAUCAUUAAACGCCGGAUCGCUUGGUUGAUUGGGAAAUGGGUGCACGACUCCUGCACUUCCCCGAAUAAUCCAAUCAUAUGGCGGAUUCUCAUUCACCUACUCCAAGACCGAGGACCCGGAACGGACGCCGUCGUGCGCCUGACCGCUGCGAUUGCACUGGGCGAAUGCGUAGAUACUCUAGACUUCAAAGUCGAGGCAUUCACUUCAUACCUGCCUACCGCUGUCUCUGAGCUCGUCAAACUCCUUAGCGAGGCAGAGACCGCGGACACGAAACGCCAAAUCGCGAAGAGCUUGAAUAUUGUCAUACAACAAUCAGGGACUGAGGUAACGCCUAUGGUGCCAACGAUAACGGCCCCCCUUGCUUCGCUAUGGACAUCUGUCGGGGACGAUUGGCUGUUUAAGUCGGCUCUCCUAGAAACGGUCACCAAACUUCUGGGCGCGAUUAAGGAGCAGUCAACUCCGCUCAGUGCUAUUGUAGUUCCUUUAUUACAAGAAAGUCUCUCUCCCGGAGCCCUCGCAAACCUCGACGAAGAUGCCCUUGUACUUUGGCUCGCUGCGCUGCGAAAUACUACCUCUAUCCAUGGCAUGAAUGGCGCCCCAGGGCUCAUUGACCUGUUCCCCAUAGCCAUGACAAUGCUUGCUUCAAACCUCGAUCUUCUAGGCAGCGUUGUCGAAAUUGUCACUUCGUAUCUCUUCCUAGAUGCUCGGACAAUUCUUGCGACGUACGGCACGGACCUCUUUCGCGCCUUUCUCCAAGGAUUGACCAGUGGAGCCGUGGGCCCGAACCUCAAGCAGAUGAUCGUAUCUUUGGAGUUUCUGGUUCAACUGACGCCUGCGUCAGUCUGGGCAGAACCGAUGCACACGUCCGGUCUCUUUGCGCAUCUGAUAACAAAAGUCACAGACGAUGAUGCCGGAUCCAUUGUCUUGACAGAAUUGAUUUAUCUCUUUGCACGCAUGGUGAUGGCAGAUCGCCCAAUAUUUGUACAACUCAUGUCGGCUACAACCUCGGUACAAAACACGACAGAAACGAAACUGUACGAAGGGCUGUUGGAUCAAUGGUGGAGCAAGUUCGACGCGAUGUCUGAGGCACGGCACCGCAAGCUGACCGCCAUGGGUAUCGCCUCACUCGUAGCCACAGGCCGCCCGGAGGUUCUACAACGGCUGACCGGUGAAAUAUUCAAUAUUUGGCUUGACGUCUUCGGCGAGAUCAAGGAGAUUGGAGCUGAGGCAGCCAAUGAUGCGCCUGACAGCAACGAACUUCUUUCUCCCUUGAACCUCAAGCGAUAUUGGGAACUUGACGAGGCACCUGCGGAGUAUUACUCAGAUUCGGAGGAUACGCCUGAAUACAAUCGCAGGAAAGCGCUAUACGACCAAGACCCUGUGCGCACCAUGAAGCUCAACGCCUACGUUGCUGGUCAUCUCCGUGACGUUGAGCAAGCAAUUGGUUCCCAGGCGUUCCAAUCUAUGUAUCUCUCCAAGGCCGACCCCACAGUAGUGAAGCAAAUCACAGAUGAACUAACACGUGCAUGA